CACCUGUCUGCAAAAAGACUUACAUAUUUCAGCGUCGUACAUUAGACAUGACACUUCUAGAAGACCGAUCACCUAAGCGAUCUAGUUCGUCAAUUGCGGAGUUAACAAGGCCUGACCGAAUGGUCAAAGAACAUCAGUGUCAGCAUAAGAAGCAUUCUCAAGGUCACAAGCGCAUCCACACGAAGCAGGACGCAGUGUAUCACAACUGGCAUGGACCUUUUACAUGGGUGCAGAUUGAUAAUGCUGCCAAAAAUCCGUCAGUUUCCUGGAGCUCAACACGGAUUGUUCAGCUUCUGAAGAAGAAAGAUUCAGUGACCUUCAAAGGUCUUGCAAGGUCCACGGUUGAGGGCUGGAUCGAUCGCAGUGGCAAGCCCAAAUGGACUGAAGCUGCAAUUUGGAUGGCAAAUCUGGGCAAUCAUCAGGGACAUUCCAAUGGAGGUAAAAAAGGGAUUUUCGUACGUGCUAUCAAUACUGCUGGUUUGGAAUGAUGUUGAUUAGUUCGGUUAGACAAAGUACCCCGCUG